AUGUCAGAUAAGGACAUACCCUCAUCGUUGACCAUCUCUCCCUGGUCAAUAAAACCGGCUGCUAAGAAAAAGAAAAUUUCUCAAGAUAAGACGAACUCAUCCACUGCACCUAAUACUCAUCUAUACGGCAAAGUGAUACGGCAUGACAAAGAGAAAAGAAAUAAGGCUUGUAACAGCUGCAGAAAGUCCAAAAUCAAAUGUGAAAGCAGCUUAGAACAGGAUAAUGCUCCCUGUAAAAGAUGUUUAAACCAUGGGCUUCAAUGUGUUUAUGAAUACAAAAUUCCAAGCUAUAAAGUUAUUGGCGGCUCAAGUGUCAACGAGGUACUGGAUAACUCAAAAAAUAACUUUAGACCAACCGAAAAGGCAGAUAUCUCCAAAAUUUUGAACCCCCAAUCGUCGCAGGUACUCACCACUUCUACCAACCAGGCAAGCGAAACACCAAUACAGAAUUCAAAUAAUCAAGGUUGGAAGUCGUCAGUGGAGAACCGUUUGCAAAACUUUGACUCCACUCUCACCGAUAUUUUAAGCCUACUUAGAGAUCGGCAGAAUGGAAAAAGUCAAGAACCUUCCAUUUCGGCUACUAUAGACUCAAUACUAACAUUGGAAGAUGCUCAUAUAUUGUUUGACUAUUUUGAUACAAACAUUACACCUCAACUAUUUGGUUUUGAUCUUUCUAGUUAUUCGGUUAAUGAGUUGAGGGCAACUUCACCUAUACUUUUUAUUACCAUCUGUUGCAUAUCCUCAAUUCAUCAUAUCGACUUUAAACACAUACAUGAGUCCCUCAAAGGGCUUUUAGAAAAGUUAUCUCAGGACGUUUUACAAAAUCCACCGAAUAACGAAGUAGAAGCUUUCAACACUAUAAUUGCAUUAUGUAUAUCCGGUUUCUGGUUUCAAAAGAAUCAAAUCUUUACUGGACUGGCUCUCCAGCUAGCCAAGAAUAUGAACCUAAAUGUCCCAGUAAGAAAAAAUAAAAGAAAGAGGAGAAAUUCAAACUCAAGAUCAAUAUCCGAUAAGGAUCGUUUGAAGUUAUGGUAUCUACUGUUCAUUCUGGAUGGACAUCAGUCACUAGCUUUCAAUAGGCAACCGCUAUUAAGUUCUAAUGACCCUGCUCUUACUCAUAGUAGACAAUUGCUUUCAUCGGAAAGUGUUAGGGACAAGUACUGUGAAGCCCUGAGAGAAAACCCUUCAACUGAAUUGAUACUAAAUGGAAGUCCUCCAGGAAGUUCAUCUGACACGGACUCUCCUUCAAAAGUGACGAAUGGCUCAAGUACAUCUGACCAGUCCCACGAGUUAAAAUAUUCUGAUUUGAGACUAGUAUCUCAAGUGGAAUACAACCAAGCAAUCAGUGAAGUGUUUAGAGGAAAUGCAUGGGACCUCUUAACUCCUGCUUCAUUUGGAAUCCCGUUUAAAAGUAACGUUGAACUGGAUAAAUGGAUGGUUCAAUGGACGGUGCUACUUUCCCCCAUGCAUUCGAAUAAUAUCUGGUCUUCAAAGUCCACCUUAAUUUAUUACAAUUUUGCAAAAAUGCAUAUCAACUCCCUCUCCGUGAGGAAGCUGCAUACAGAUGGGUCUUCAUUUCCCGAGUGGAAGGAUGAUGAAGAUGAGGAUGAUGAGUCAUUGAGCAACACAGAAUACGAAAAUAAAAGAGCCCAAGUAUCAAUUUGUAAGGAGAACAGUCAUAGUAGUGACUCAGACGACUCAGAUUCUGAUGAUGAAUUUAUUACUCACUCUCCAGUGGUGUCACAGCGUGAAAGUCUGAAGGUGUCUUCUCAGAUAGCAGUGUCUGCGGCCGAAACAGUUUUGAAUUUAGUACUCAGUGACAACGAUAUAAUCAGUGCAUUAAGGUUUGUUCCCGUACACGUUCAUGUGAUGCUUUACUACGCUGCGAUGCUAGUCAUAAACUCACCUACCCUUUUAAGGACGCACUUCACAGGUUCCAAGAACCACAAAGGAAAAAAAGAAGAUCCUAACUUAACUGCAGUCAAAAUCGUUAAAAAGCUAAGAAACUUAAUUUACCACCACAAGCCUAUAGACCGAAAGUUUGCUGAAAUUGUCAUUCUAGGUUUGGAUAAACUAUUGGCUGACAAGCAUUCCACGUUAAAAAACGAAUCUUCAGUUGAUCCUUCGACACUUCAGAAAGUUUUUAAUGUUCUUCAUGAGGAUGAAAUAAACUUUAGAGAGGAGUCCAAGUUAGCUGAAAAGAUAUUUGCAUGGCCUGGAACAAAUCAUGGCCAUCCUUGA